AUGGGUCCUCAAGAGUUCGAACUAAGGUCGGUGGUUACCCUCACCAAUGAUCCAGAUGUUUCUGGCCUCCUUGCCCAUGGAGCGGUUGUCUACACCCAGCGUCGAAACCCACGUCAGAAAUUGAGUGUCUUGCAGCUAUUUGCGCUGGCAGAUAGAGAAUGGGAUUUGAAUACCCAGAUCAUUGCGUGGGAUGCGGAACCCAUAGAUCUGAAUUUCUGCCCGCAAGACAUUGUUGUCAAGAAGACCAGCCAGGAGCUACUGAGCUCCGCCAAUAGCGAUAUCCAAACCAAUUUGUGGCGGACUUUUGACUGGUAUUACCAGGAGUCGUCAUACGGCAGAGGCAAACGCCAGUAUUAUGCAUCUUCCGUUCCCAAUGGCACCGCUACUGGAGUCUAUCGACAUCACGCGGCCAGAAUGGACUCUACAGCAAACUGUUACUUAACCAAAAACUUCCCGAAAGAGUGCAAGGGUGACAAACCAUUCGCGCCGUCUUUCUACGAGGGUUGGCUGAAUGUCGAUAUUUGUGCUGAGGGAAGUUACGACACUGUGGCCUGGAACACAACUCGAAACAAACAAGAGCACAAUGAGACUUUGUGGUUGUCUAUGAAAUGGGAUAUUCCUGAAGGUCAAGACAGCUCUGGACAAUUUCGAAAUAAUAAUAGCUAUGUCCUCAGAUGCGACAGUGUCUCAAGAAGAGGGUGGUUUCAGCUCCCGAACAACGCAAACGGAGGGAAUCCUGGGCCCUUACGUGACGAGUGGCCUUCGUGGCGAGAACUCAAGUACAAGUUCAACGAUUAUUAUAUCACUAGUCCUCGGUGGGAUAGUGAAUUUCCAGGCGACAGGUAUCCCGCCGCAGAGAUCACGGACGAAGAACUACAAAACUAUCGCGCUCAAUGGAGCUACGCCUACCAAGGGCCCCUCGUGCCUGGCCCACUCAUGACGGCGGCUCUGGCUAUGUUUGGAAAUUCGUCAUUCUUUCAUGGAGCUAGGGUUGCUGACCGAAGCACUUACAACCAGACCAUCGACAACAUCUGUGAUAACUCGUUGUUUCCAAUGCUUGGACUGAUGCCGGACAGUUACAAUCUGGGAUGGUGCAGCCCAUCUGUAAGAAAUCGGAAGCAUAGUCUGGAAAUGCAGGAUGUGAUUUACCACUAUUUUAACGGUCUCAAGAAUGCAGAGGCCACCGAACAAGCACUCGAAAAGGCCAUGUUCUUUGCAAACGAAGCCCUUCUCACCACCGCCGCCUCAUUGCCCCAGAAGCGCCCCAUCUUCUACAGCCCGGGGACUGCAGUCAUGAAGCCGAAAGAGGAUUUGGCGGCGGUGAUAAUUGUCACUGCACUGAUAGGUCUUCAAGUUGUAGCGCUUUGUGUGCUGAUGCGGUUUAUUGGGCGUGUCCCUACGUGGACGGAGACUCUUGAUGCGGAUGCUUUGGCGCAGAUCGGAGGUCAACUGAAGGAAUGGGGAGAGCCCAGACCAGACCUGAGGCAGAUGAAUGGUAUUGUGGGAGUUGAUGAGACUCGACAUCGGGCCGGGACGUCAUCAGUCAGACUGCCGUUGGGGGAGGAUGUUGCUUUGCAGUCAGGGUCUGUACAUUUGACACUUGGCGGGGAGGGAUUGAUCAACAGAGGUGUGAUGAAGAGGGUGCAAGCAGAAACGACUACUGUGGUCGAAGCGUGA